CAUCAAGCUCUCCCAAAUGGCAAGAUGAGAUGGCAUCCUCGCCCUUCCCACCUCAUCAUCUCCGGGCACCGUGUGCGAUUGACGGGAGUUCGAUGCCAUCAUGGGAACGUUGACUGCUGGCCAGCCACGUCUACCAGGGUACUGCGACCAUAAGCUGCCGGCAUCCUGUAGGCUUACAUCCAUUCCACAAUGUUGCGCUUGUGCCGACGAACGAGCCCACUCUGCAUCGUAUAGUACCUACAUCGACGGUAUCGGCUUCGUACCACGCGGGACACGAUGGCAGCGUUAUUGCUGGUUUUGCCGAGAGUUUUGGGAGAAUAGAGUGAAGGUGUCUGGCCUGCGGCCCGCACAAACGAAGAUACCGGAAGUGCCUGAUCAAAGCGAGUUCCUGGAUCGUUGGUAUGAAUUUCACAGGGGCUACAGGAUAGUACAGGGAGACGGCGGGGGCGAGGAGAGAGUUGCCGUGCUUGGAGAGGACUUCCGAAACGUUGAUCCGGGCUGUUUGCCACGGACGCUGGAAGAGUUGAGGGCUGGACGUGCAGCGAGCGAAGCUGCUACUCAGGUAGUACAGCCUCAGCAAGAAGCGCCAGCUGAAAGCGGACCAAGCCUGGACGAAACUUUGGACGAGCUCUUUCAGUCAGCUGCGGCGGAGGAGCAGUCCACCAAUGACCGUGAUCAGCAGAAUACUGCAACACAGGCAUUGGAUCGAGCGAACAGCAUCUCAGCGAAUGCUCGGACACUGCCACAGGAGCCGGCAGGCCAGCAACGCAACAUUCACGCCCAGGUCAUGGUCCCCACGAGCUCCCGUAACCGAGAGUAUCAGGUACGGCGGGUUGCUGCCCUUCGGCGAGAGCUCCAACGGAUGCGCAAUGGCAUCGAACGUGUCAUAUCCGGGCUACGUGACCUCGGCGAAGAAGUACCUGACCAUGCUGAAGCCGCGGACCGUUUGACUCGGUUGGGCCAGACGCUGGACAAUAUCAACGGCACACCUAGCCGCGAAGAAGCAGACCUAGCCAUCCGCAGUGUCAAUGUCCUCACAAGCAGCGGCGGCACCUCGCAAACCGAUCGUGCAAUGGCAAACAUACAGGCGCGUGUGGAUGAAGCACGACGUCAUCUCGACGAAGCUCGCGGCAACCGUGACCAGGCAGCUUCGGAACUUGACGUUGCGGAGGCAGACUUCCGAACGUCUCAGCAGAGAUUGCAGCAAUUACAGCGCGAACAGCGGACAACAGAGAACUACCUCCGCUUAUUCGGCACGCGCGAAGAGAUGCUUGCGCAAGGCGACCAGUACGAAAGCCCGAUUGGUGGCAUGUUCACAAGGGCUUAUGACCGCUUCCGUGCCGCUGAAGAAGUGCGGCGAGAGGAGCGCACGCUUCGACGUGUGCUUGCGGAUGAGCAACGUGCGGGUGGCGAGGAGGAAGCUCAACGGCUGGCGGAGCUUGAGGCGAGAGAGCGUGAUGUUUGGAGCGUUCCGCGGCCUGUCGCACCGUCAGUCACAGCACUUCCGCCCCCGGAGACCGAGCCGGAUGACGCGGGCCAGGAGGAUGAGCAAAGGGGUGAGCUUGAGGAGUAUUACACUCUGUUGCGCCGGCAGAAUUGGAGUCAGCAAGCGCCGUCGAGCACUGCAGGCGCCGCCGGUAUCCAGGGAUCUAACCAUCUUUCCAGAAGCGAGGGGUCUGGCUCUGCUACUCGAGCUGAAGAACCAAGCGACAGUACGAUGGCCACACAACCUAGGCGAGGGGAUAACUUUCCACGCAACAUGCUAGCUGGUGUGCCAGAGUCACAGAGGGAACAAGCUGUCCAGGCACCACCGCAACCAGAAGUGGGUAGGGAGCUCGUGGAGAGGCUUGAUCCGUCUGUGGACCUGGCUGAAGCAGAAGAGUGGAGGAUGUAUGGCCGGUACAUUGCCACAUACUCACUCGAGCACCCUGAAGUCCUUGAUGGGCCCGAUUGGCACUAUGAGCAGGAGCAAUUGUUCGCAAUGUCGGCAAGUAGGCCCGGACACGCUUUGACGGACGAGGAGUACGUGACUCUGGAGGAUAUCGUUAGAGAACGACAUCUAUUGUGGUCUACGGCCGCAGUAAAUCAACGGUUGAUGCAACGUCGAGGAAAUGGGGAAGAUCUUUUGAUCCGGUUUGGUGUUCCAUCGAGCAACAGCUACCAUCUCAUGAACAUUGAGCUGUUCGUGGAGGCCUUUCAGAUGUCAGCCCAGCUACGGAGACGAGCACCAGGACUCACGGCGCCCCAACAGCUGCAGAUGCUCUACCGUUUGCAAGCCGGUCAGAGAUUGGAGUCAGAUCGUUACAUUCUAGAACAGAUGCUCGGGGACAGAAAUACUACGGAGCUGGCCGCCAAUGUGCACAGAGAAGGUACCCGCAUCGAAGCUGAAGCAGAAGGUAGCGAGCGACGACAACGUCUUCGCCAGCAAUUGCGUGAAGCAGCAAGGGAGGGUGAUCACUCGCGACAAGAGCUUGAUGCUCAAAGACGUGCUACUCGUGCCUUCGCCAUCGCCGCUGGACGAACAGCCAUGUCUACUGGCCCACAAGCUCUGAUGGAGCAGAUGGCAACCAGAGACGAAGAGACACAAGCAGCGAUCGAUCGACUGCAGGCGAACGGUUGGCCGCCGGAGAACGAGAGAGAAGCUGGCGGCUCCUUCCUGCGGCAUUCUACCCUCCGCUCGCGCAAUUUAGCGGAUUACCUCGUCGAUAGUGAGUCCGAGACGGAGGACUCGGAGGGCGAAGGUCAUCGGCAUGAUGCGCAGGGCCUUGAUGCCAAGGACUCUGGUCGCCCAGAACCGAAGACGGAUGAGGAGAUGAAGCUUAGUAUGGAGUGUCGCGUCUGCUACACUCAAGUGGCGGAGAUCGCGUGUUUGCCGUGCGGACACUUGGUCAUGUGCAAGUGGUGCUCCGAGCAGCAUAGCCCGGUCAUGGCGCAUGAUCGCACGAGGCCUAGGAGAGCGGCGGGGUGUCCGGUGUGUCGGAAGGGUAUUAGGCAGAAGGUUAAGAUUAUAAGAGGUUGAGAGGCGGCAUUAAAUGAGGACCUCGGUUCAGCGGUGGCAUCAGUACAUUACGAUUGCAGUAUCGAGGAGUCGAACCAGUAAUCUCCGACUGUAGCAGCAGUCUGGCCCUAUG